AUGGUCUACUGCGGUAAACCCUCAGGGGCAUGUCACGCCUGCCGAGAGCGCCGCACCCGCUGUGACAAGCUGCCAGACGGCUGCACCCAGUGCACAAAUGCAAAGCGCAUGUGUCCCGGGUACCGCGCCAUGGGAGAUGUGCUCUUCAAGGACGUCACUAUCAAUGUGAUCCGCAAGGCUAAGGCAGGCGAGGUGCGCGCGAAGCAAGCCGCAUUGAGAUCAAGCCCUCAAUCAUCUACCCCACAAACGCCUAACGCCACAGCCGACGAUGACAGCGAUCCGUCCGAAGAUGGUAUGGAGGUCGUUGCCCAGGCCACCCCGCUGCAGCACUUCUCAUUGGUCCCUAGCGUUGAGGAGCGCGCAACGGGACUCUUUGUAGCCAACUACGUUUAUGCGCUUGAUGGCUACACUCGUGGUCAUCUAGACUACCUCACAGAUGUCUUCAGAAAGGACAGUCUCGAUGAAGGGCUCCUCUCCAGCAUGAAGGCUGUGGGCCUCGCCGGCUUUGCUCACACCACACGCUCUCCUUAUCUUAUCAAGAACGCGCGCUGCCAAUACAUCAAGGCGAUCCAGCACACGAACGCCGCCCUGCGUGAUCCCAGCACCGCAAAGAAGGAUGCCACACUCCUCACGAUCAUCAUCCUCGGCAUAUUCGAGUCGGUCACCGGCGGCUCGCUACGUUCCCUCCGCGACUGGGUCGCCCACGUUAUGGGCGCCUGCGACGUCGUCAAAGUGCGCGGCCACAAGGGAAUCGAGUCCAUAUCUGGCCGCCGCAUGCUGCUCCAGGUCACCUCGAACCUGCUGAUCUCGUGCGUCCAAAAGGCUGAUCCGGUCCCAGACGACAUCGCCGAACUGAUCUUCACCGCUAUCAACACUGUACGCACCAAGGACUUGGUCAACAACAUCCAGUCCAAUGAAUCCGCCUUCCUCGUCCUGGAGUGCAUGAUUAAAUUCGCCAAGUUGCGCUCCGACGUCGUCCAUUGUCACGAAACGGACCCACUAGUCAUAUACGUCCGGUGUAUCGAAUUAGACACUAUUCUAGAGAACCUGUCCAACAACCCCCCUGAGCACUGGCGCAUCCACACCGUAUUCACGGACGCCGCGCCGGAUUUCAUCUACAAUGGCCGCUACCACAUCAACACCGACUACAUAGUCUCCCAGUCAUGGAACGCCCUCCGCAUCGUCCGUUUCAUGCUCAACGAGAUCGUCCGCGACUUGCUCACCCCGGGUGCCACUGUCCGCGACGUUCCCACCUCGGGCGCCACUGAGUCGUUGCCCCUCCACACCCCCCUCACCGGCCCCGAGUUCGAAGCUCAGCGGCUAAAAUCUAUCGCCGCCAUGUACGAGGCCCAAGAAGGGAUCCUAUACAGCGUCCCACAGCACACCGAUGCCAUACCCGAUCGCGGGGGUAGUGGUGCCAGUACCAACUCACCUGUGCGUACGGUGUGGUCGGAUUUCCGCGACCGGCCAGGAGAAGAGAAGCCGCUUGCGAAGAUCUCGGGCGCGUUGUUCUUGAUCUGGCCUCUGUGGUUUGUGGGGAUUAAUGAUACGGCGUCGGAUGAGAUUAGGAGGUUUGUGGUGAGGAAUCUGAGGAUGGUGGGGGAUCGGAUGGGGAUUAAGCAGGCGUAUUUGUUGGCCGACGCGGUGGAGUCGCAUAUUGAACUGAGCGUGUCACUGUAG